ACCAUGCACCGUCUCUUCAUCACCCUCAUCACCAUCGCUGCCGAUGUAUACUCCCAGGAGGGUGACAGGGAGCACCAGGGUCCACAAAUAUGCGGCGGCCGGCUAAAGGGACCCGUGGGAGUCAUACAAACACCAAAUUUUCCCAACGCGUUCCCCGUGCCUAUAAAAUGUCGAUGGAUUAUCGAGCACGACAUCGCGAACGGCACUAUAUCGAUAUAUUUCACGCAACAGUACACCACUAGUGGGUUGACGUUUACCGAGUAUACUUAUUACGAUGAAUCGUAUAAGUUGGAGGAGAGACGGGCGCUGACCGUCACGGAAGAGAAUAUUACCAGAAUCAAAUGGCUUCAGGUCCAAAGUCCAGUCUUGGUGGUGGAGUUAACACUAAACAGGCUAGAAGGUACCCAACUGAGGGCCCUAGGUCUGCUAUCUGUCUUCGGGUUCAACGUCACGUACGCAGUACGGGGUCCUAAAGACGCGCCAGGUCCGACCUCAUGCAGCGCUAUAGAAUGUCGCCUAUUGGGACAUUGUUAUGCCCGACACGAUUAUCAGUAAGA